GAAUAACAAUCCCGUUAAAUAAUCACUUUAAUGAUAAUCACUGUCCCACUUGCUGUAACACACAACAACACAAGUUCUGGAAGCUUAUUCUUAAAAAAGUUUGGAUUAUUUAUGUGAACAUAAAAAAAACACAUGUAACAUAAACUUAGUUGUUAUUCACAAAUGUUUUCACAAAUAACGUGAUAAUAGAAAAAUAAUACAAAUCACUACUGUCCACAAUAAAAUCAUUUUAUGCUCACAAAAAACGCAUGAAACAUUGAAACCGUGGUAGAUCGUGUUCCCACUCUACAACAUAGAAACGAGGAGGAAAUCGGCGUCACGUGACGCAGUGGGCGGGCCUCUGCGUCUCUGUUAGCCAAUAGCAGUGCGGCGUCGGGCCAGGUCCCAGCAGGUCCGCGAGGGAAAAAAAACAGCCAGGGAGCGGAGACGAAUAACGGUCCACGGCGACGUCCAUGGAGUCUGUCCCCGCGUGCAGCCGCUCCGCGUCCGCGUCCGCGCCUGUGAUGUACACCUGAGUCGGCGCGUUCGGGAAGCGGACGCGGCGCGCGGCGUUUUGGCGCAGACGGCAUGAAGCGGUCCACCAUUGUGUGCGGAGACAUAAGAAUGGCCUGGAUGUGGAAGAGGAAGCCGCUGAUCGCCACCAGCCUGGUCGUGGCCGUGUCGCUCUUCGUGGUGGCGGUGAACUACUCGGACAAGCCCUACUUCCUGUUCCUGCCGGCGUUCGGCCAGUGCUUCAGCAGCCGCUGGGUCUCCAAGCAGCCGUACAAGGCCUUCAAGCCUCACCCGGGCUACGUCAGCAUCCCCAAGCAGGAGCCCCUCAGGCUCCACUGUGAGCUCUGCAGCAUCGUCUCCAGCUCCGGCCAGAUGCUGGGCCAGGCCGCCGGGCCCCGCAUCGACCGCUCCCCCUGCAUCUGGCGCAUGAACAACGCGCCCACGCGCGGCUUCGAGAACGACGUGGGCCGGCGGACCACGCUGCGGGUCGUGUCGCACACCAGCGUGCCGCUGCUGCUGCAGAAGCCCCAGUACUUCUUCGGGCAGGGCAACGACACGGUGUACGUGGUGUGGGGGCCGCUGCGCAACAUGAGGACGGACGGGAAGGGCAUCGUCUACAACAUGCUGCAACAGGCCUCCGAGAACUACCCCCACGCGAGGAUCUACGUCACCACGGAGGACAGGAUGAACUACUGCGACAGGGUCUUCAAGAAGGAGACGGGAAAAGACAGGAUCCAGUCCGGCUCCUACCUCAGCACCGGCUGGUUCACGCUCAUCCUCGCCAUGGACAUGUGCAAGGAGAUCCAUAUCUACGGCAUGAUAAAUGACACCUACUGCAAGUCCGAGAGCUACAGGAAGGUUCCGUACCACUACUACGAGGCCGGCAGCCGGGACGAGUGCGCCGAGUACCUGCUGCACGAGAGCGCUCCCUACGGAGGCCACCGCUUCAUCACCGAGAAGUCCGUGUUCGCCAAGUGGGCCAAGAGCCACGCCAUCAAGUUCAUGAACCCGCUGUGGCAGCCGUCGUGACCCCGGUCGCCGCCACCGCGACCUGUGAUGUCAUCGUCGCGUUCCUUCCCGCCCACGGACACGGGCCGGGUGUUUCCCCAACACUCGCACCCGCUUCAGCACAGACGACAUGUAUUGACUCAGCAGUCGGCUGAGGAUGACUCAUCAAACGCCGGUUGCGGCUUCCGGCCUCAGCCUGUUUACUUCACAGCAUUCCAUUAAGAGUGGAACAAACCCAGAGAGCGAAAGACGCACAAUCGCUCCGCUUUCUUGAAUUUCCCCUCUUGAAUCUCCCGAAUCUCCGGAGCUCAUCGACCGCUGCGCGGGGGAUUGAUCGAGGACUAACUUUAAAACGGAAGAGGAGAAAACAAGACAUGAGCGCUCGCCGGCGCGCGGUGACCUCGGCGGCUCCGGCGUCCGCGCUUCGCUGCCGCUAAAUUUAAACCUCCCUUCCAGCCGGGGGGGCCUCAGCUGCGGCGGAGACGAGUCCCGUUGCCAUGGACAUCUGACGAGCUCGCCCGCUCCGUUAGCGCCGACAGCCUGUAAUUAAUCCAUAACAAGUAUCAUUCAGGCCUCCAUCUCUGACUGAGGGAGUAUCGGAGGCAGAUGCUCUGUCACAUUCAAUUUAUCCCAUUUAAGGACGCUCCGACAAACAAGGUCGUUGGCAGAAGCGAACGCGAGAUUUCACUGACGCCCGAGGGAAACCGGGACGUACUGUACAGAACCUAAAGAUGUCACUUGUUUCUUCUCUUUACGUCAUAAUACCGUGAAUGUGAAAGCUGUGAGAGCGUCGCGCUCCGGUUCCGUCGUCUGGCUCGGUUUGGUGUUUUAUUCUGCCGCGAUAACAGCCACACUCCUCAGCGCGCGCCGUCGCAGCGCACGGAGCAACGUGCAAUUAGAAGCUUCAUCCCACAGAAGAAGUUAAUCCACCCGCGACCCGCUGAGGGAGAUUUAUGUGUGCAGUGAAACCGUUUGAAGGUAAUUGUGGUCCGUUAUCGUUUUGGUGCCUGCGAAGUCGUCUGCAGUUCUUUGUGUGGAGUCGGAGGAAGGUGCCCCCCCCCACACACACACACACACACACACACCAGCUUUCUUCUCAUCCAGCUUUGUGCCUCUUUGUGUGCGGUCGGUCCCGCUUGUCUUUGGAUGCGUCGCGGCUCGGCCCGUUUCAUCCGAAUGCGCCGGUUCCGGGCGGCGCUGGAGAAUCAUCAGCGGAGUGCCGCCGCGUGGAGCUCGACCGGGACUCCGUGGCCGUGACCGUGACUCCCCUCUGAGGCCGUGAUUAGUGUCCCAGUCAGGGCUGAGACCCAGAGGGGAGGACAGGAAGGAUUCAGGGACUUCUAAUUUAGCCGACCUGAUGCACAGGGUCCCUGACGACUGUAAUAUACUGCAGCUGAGCUUCACUCCCACUGCAGUGGACCAUUUACUCGCUCACAUUCCUCUGAGUGACUGAGCAGAUGAAUGGCUUUUAAAACUAAAUUUCAUUUAUGAUCUUGGAAACGGCUUUAGAAAAUGUCAGCAAAUGUCACCUAAUUUAAAUAGAGGCAACAGAUACAUGUCAACAAAAAGUCGAGUUAAGGGAAGUGUGUUUGCGUUGAGCCACAUUCUUCAAACUUCAGCUGCACUGAUGAUGUCAUCAUUUAAACAUCUGUAAUUUAUACAUGUGCAGUGUUGUUAGUUCCUCCUGAUACAGGACACUUUCAUUUUGAACAUUAGCAGCUGCCGAGCUGAUUUAACAUGUGUCUGUGUAGCAGCUUCGCCGAAACUGGUUGAAGCGAAGACAUCUGCCGGAGCCGAGCUCGUGCAUCAGAUACAGCGCGGUGACAGCUUUAUAUACGAGCAGAAGAAGCUCUGCUGCUGCAGCUGAGCUCACGGAGCUCAUCCCACGGUUCGCCUCAGGAACACGCUGCCCCGCGCACGAAUAUAAAGCGCCCGCUUAUUUAUUCCUGCCGGCGUCGCCGGGCAGACGGGCCGCGGCAGUUACACGGGCGGGGUCACGGGUCCGGGGUCACGGGUCCGGGGUCACGGCUCCGGCGCCGGCGGGGGCCCGGUCGCAGCGCGCUGAGCACGUCGUGGAUCAGUGCACGCGGCAGCGCGUGGAAACGAGUCGGGGCCUCGGGUGGAGGCUGCAAUCAGCCGGAUUCACGCUUCACGCCGUGCACGUCACAUGAUUAGCAGGCAUUUUUUAUACGCUACCACUCAGCAUGUGAUUGUGCAGUCAUCUGGCAGCUCUCCACUAAUCAGCUUUACCUCUGCUCCGCACGCAAAUUGUAACGCACCUCACGCCAAGACGAGAAAUUAACUUUUGCUGGAAAGCCCUGAUGUGAUUUUCAGACGCUUGUGUGCUGCGUUUAAGGGCGUUUUGAGUUGUUCGCCCCCUUUGUUUACCUUCCAUCCUCCAUUUUGAUUGUUUAAAUAAUGGUUGGUUGUGUUUGUUGUCGAUGCAGUGGGUUUGUUCUCUGCUGCAGCUUGUGUGUUGCCAACAUUUUCUGCUGCUUCAGGCUGCGCUCUGUUAUUUUCUGAUCAACAAACACUCCAUUGUUCUCAGCCAGAACACACUGGAAGAAUACCCAGCGAUUCAUUAUACAGUAUAUUAUGGAGAAUAUACGACCUCUUAUAGGCUCCCAUGAAUCAUCUGUGGCUCGCAGGAAUGGGAUUGAAGUCACAUUCACUGUGAAUAAGUAACAGGGUGAGCAGAGUGGGAGGUAAAAAUGGCUUGCUGGUAAUUUCCAGGGCUAUUUUUUAAACCUAUAAACAUUUAUUUCAUUUUAAUUAAACUAAGAUCAUUUGAUAUUUGGCUUCAUUCGACUGGUGCCGUUCACAUUCGGUUACAGCGUGGAUGGUUGAAGUGGAGCUUUGCUGGUCCAGCUCUGGUCAAACUCAACCGGACCACCUACGAGACCGCUCCAGAGCUAAUUAACCCGGUUUGCUUGUUCAAUUAGAACAGAAUCCCAGAUGUGAGAAUUUCAUCCACGCCCUCUGGGCUUGAAGUCGUUGCCAGGGAACCAGCUGAGGCUCCAGGAACGAUCCUGCACCACGACACGGUCUCAUAAAUGUGAACUGUAAUUUCUUCCUCCUCGUUUUGUCCCGAUUAACCAAACGCAGUAAGAAGCUGAAGCACACACUCCUCGUUAGCCUUUAUGCUAAGCCACUUAGCAUCCAGUUGGUUUAAAGCCUCCUCUGCUCAUAUUUGUGCCGAUGGCCUCAUCAGAGCUGGUUCCAGAGGCAGGUGCUUUUAAUGCUGUGGCUGAUCUCUGCCCUUCAACACAUUAUGAGCUCUGAUUGUUCUGAGCCCCGCUUAAAAAAACAUACACAGUGCUGAUUAAAGUGUCAGUCCCCGAGUUGUGCAGAACAAAGGCGUGAAUGUCGUUAUCCUCACCGUUUAAAGGCUUUUAUUAUUUUGGCUCUUUCAGCUGCUGUGAUCAAUUGAGGUAAUUACUGUCUUUUGGAGUUGAGGGUUCAGAUUGUCUGAGUAGACGUCGAGACCUCUUCACUGCACGCGCCGCGUUUGAUUCAUUCGCUCCUGACGGUCGCACCUGUUGCAGUUUCCUCAAGUGCUUUUUACAUUAAAUGCUUCCAUUCAUUUUCUCUCGCUUCCCGUGUGCUCGUCUUACCAUUCGUUUGUGUCGUGAAGCGCUUUCCCGCUGCAUUUUUCAGGUGAAGUGUCCUUGUGAAAUGUGCAACUUUGGACGUGUUUGAGUUCCAUAGAAUGUAACAUAGCAGGGAGCUAGUUGUUUUUGCUAACACAGCUAACACGCGCCGUUUUUGCUGGUGGUCAAGUAUUAUCCACAUGCUGCAUGAGUUGGUGCAGGUUCUUAAAAUGUACAGUCUGAAAAUGUGAUUAAAUGUAUUUCUGUGUCAUGUGCUGUCAACAUAUUAGCUCAGAUGAGAAAUAUUGUGAAUAUUCCUCUGUUUUCAUCCAUGUGUACUUCGUGGUCUUCUGUCCUUUAUUCUCUGUGGGGAUUAACAACCCCCCCCCCCUCAUACUGUAUGAUUAAAUUCCUUUUCAAAACAGAACCGAGCUGCAUGAGACACUGGUGUGUUCAUGUCUUGGUGUAUGAACGGAGCCCGAGAAGUGCUGUCGUCUCAAAUCCGCCGUCUCGUGAGAUGUUUUUUUUUAAAACAUCACUGGAUGAGCAUAGAUGUGCUGAGUUCCGACGCUUCCUGGGAGUCCGGGUUUUACAUAACCGAUGCAUGAAAGAACAUGAGUUGGAAAUAAUAAUGCCUGAGUUUGUUGCAAAUGGGGAACGGCUAAGAGACAGAUUUACAUAAGAAUCCAGGCAGCGAAGUUUGAACGAAGCCCUAAAAAACCUGCGGGUUCCUAUUGAGCAGCCAUUUUUAGCUUCAGCACCAGCUGACACCGAGGCCGGACACAACUCAUUGGAAACAAUACCCGUCUCUCCGCGUGUCAUGCAGGUCCCAGGUGGCGCCGAGUCCCGCCUUGGGUGGUGUUCAUCAGGAGGUUGUGUAGCGCACGCACAGUGAUGCAGUUAUGCCCCCUUUGGCGCCAUCUUAAAUAAUUGGCAGUUUGAGCUGCUGUUCGACCGACAUCAACGCCGUCUGCAGCCUGACGGGGCCGAUCCACUUACAGCAGCAGUCGCAUAGGUCUAAACAAGAGCCGAUCUCCAUGGUGCCAAUUAUGGCUUAUAAGAUAAUAAAGUAAAGUGUCGCGCGUCCAUGUACCGAGAUGACCGCAUCAAAUCAGCGAGGCCUCAGUCUCCUUUACCAGAGUCUGACGCUCCAAUGACACAGCUGAUGUAUGAACUAAUAACUAAAUAGCUGCGAGCGCAGAUCCAAAGCACAUUCAUUCUCAGAAGUGCUGGGUGGAGUCGCGCGGCUCGAGCAACGGCAGUAAUGGACAUGAUGUAAUUUGCGCCAGCUUACAACAACAGAGGAACUAAUGAGCCGUUGGGCAAGCGGAGACCAACGCGUGGCGGCCGCUUUACCUUGAAGCCACACAAACAAUCUUCCGCUCUCGCUGCAGUUACCUCGGCUCCGCUGGACCUCAAUUAAAUCCCCGCCUGAACCCACAUUUACUAGGGUUUUUUUUUUUUUUUUUUUACUUGCAUCUAGCACAUGUUGGUGUUUUGUGUUCUGUACACAACUCCACUAAGCAAGGUCACUGAGACGACUGCGGUCUCUUCAGUUUGGUGUUUGCGCAUUAGCUCCUGCAGAGUGUUUGACCUCUGCAGCGCUCUCGAAGCUACGCUGUGUAGCACAUCGCAGCCCACAGAUGCUAAUGUCAAACUGGAGCACAAUCAAAUUGAAAGGCUUCUUCAUGCUACAGAUACUACAAUGUGUUAUUAAUGUAUAUGCAGAAUAACCAGACAUGUAAAAUAAACUUUCAUUAGCAGCCCAUACAUCAUUUAAUUUCCUCCCAGACAAUGGAACUGUGAUGAUUAAAAUGAAUGAAUGCAUUUCUCUAAUACGUUGCAUUAUGGAUUUGGGCCACGGCGAACUGGUGGAUUAAGGAAUCGUAUGCACCUUAAUCCCACAGCAGCAGCAGUAGCAGAUGUGUUUCCUGUUCUGCUGCGUGCUGGGAGCGAAGUCGGUUGAUUUACUGUGUGUAGCACCAAUUCACAACAAAAGUCAUCCCAGGCUUUUUGGUGUAAGACCUCA